UAAACCAGAUUCUCUGAUUACUCAAUCAAGAACGAUCAAGAGCAGCCUGGAGAUUUAUUAUUUCUUUUAAGAAGAAUUCAUAUCAGGGGCCCUUAUCUUUUCACUCGGCUUCUUUUUAUUUUGGAAGUUGGGCCACGAAUCUGUAGUGUACUCUGUAAAGUUAAAGAUUCAUAAAGCCAUGAACUAACACAGGUUGUUGGCCGUUAAGAAGUCAUAGAUCAAAUCCCUCAUCCCUUCAUGGAGUUCUUGAUGAUAACCGCGUUUUUUCUUGCAAUUCCAUCAAUAAUAUCCUUCCUCAUCAAGCUCAUAGAUCAAUGGAGAAACCAUGGAAACUGCUACAUACUCCACUAUGAGUGCUUCAAGCCCUCCGACGACAGGAAGGUGAACACAGAAUUUUCCGGCAACAUUAUAAAGAAAAACAAGAACCUGGGCAUCGAGGAAUACAGAUUCUUAUUACGAGCCAUGGUCAGCUCCGGUAUCGGCGAAGAGACUUACGCACCAAGAAACGUCAUCUUGGGUAAAGAAGAAUCUCCUACUCUUCUCGAUGGAAUCUACGAAAUGGAAGAAUUCUUCUAUGACACCCUCGAUAAACUCUUCCACCGGACCGGAGUUUCUCCGUCGGAGAUCGAUAUACUCGUCGUGAAUGUAUCGAUGUUUUCGCCGGAACCCUCGUUAGCUGCAAGGAUAAUCAAUCGAUACAAGAUGAGAGAAGACAUUAAAGUCUUUAAUAUCUCCGGGAUGGGUUGUAGUGCAAGCCUUAUCUCCAUUGAUAUCGUCCAGAACAUCUUCAAGUCUUACAAGAAAGCGUUUGCUGUAGUGGUGACGUCGGAGUCGAUUGGUCCAAACUGGUAUUCCGGCAACGAAAAGUCAAUGAUUCUGGUCAACUGUCUUUUCCGGUCCGGUGGGUGUUCUAUACUGUUAACAAAUAACCCAACUCUCCGGAACCGGGCCAUUUUCCGGCUCAAGUGUCUUGUGCGAACCCACUUAGGAGCCAAUGAUGAAGCCUAUGAGUGUGCGGUUCAGAAGGAAGACGGGUUAGGCCGACCCGGGUUUCACCUCAGCAAGGACUUGCCUAGGGCUGCCACAAAAGCCUUCUUUGAGAAUCUCAGUGUGUUAGCCCCCAAGAUUCUACCCCUGAAGGAUCUGGUCCAGUAUAUAGUUUCUGGGUCUGGCAAGGGUAGAGGAGAAAAAAAUAGAACCGGUCCGACCGUGAAAUUGAAGAAUGGCAUUGACCAUUUUUGUUUGCACACAGGUGGGAAAGCGGUUAUUAAUGGCGUCGGGAAGAGCUUAGGGCUGACGGAGUAUGAUUUAGAGCCGGCGAGGAUGACGCUUCAUCGAUUCGGGAACACGUCGGCGAGUAGCCUUUGGUAUGUGCUGGGGUACAUGGAGGCUAAGAAAAGACUUAGGAAAGGUGAUAAGGUGUUAAUGAUAAGCUUUGGUGCAGGUUUCAAGUGUAAUAGCUGUGUGUGGGAGGUAAUGAGAGAUUUGGAAGAUGAGAAUGUGUGGAGAGAGAGUAUUUCUAGCUAUCCUCCAAAAAACCUAGUAAACCCUUACAUGGAAAAGUAUGGUUGGCUGAUGGAGGAGGACGCUCAUGAAACACUCCCCAGGGUUUGAACAAAUUAAUAUUCGUUCUUCUUGCAAUUCCUUGAAUAAUAUUGCCUCCUAUUAUUUUCUCAA